AUGGCGUUGAGACAGUUCAAGGCCACAGGAGCAGAUCAACUGAGUGAUCGAUGGGGGUACGCACCCAGUUCAGCAGGCUCCAGAGGCCUUUUUCAUUCGCUCGGUCAUUCCAGUGCGGCUAAUGAUCAACCCCCGCCGCCCCUUGGAAAGACUGGGACUGGAAAGGAAACGAGCAGAAACCAGGCGUCCAUCCGCCGAGAUUCAGAGAAAAGAACCGAACGUGUCCCGAGUAAUCGAAGAAACACUGGUUGGUUGGUUGGUGUCUUGGACGGAUUUGACCUGAUCAUCAAUCCAAGAGUACUCCGUACCAGACUUAACAAUAAUACAGUGGCCAUCGGCUACGUACUAUCCAUAGGUACCCUGCAGAUGGGCUUGAGAUGUCUCGCAAAGGAAGGAUUCGCCCGGGCAAUGAUAGUGCUUCGUCGGGCGAAAUCCGCCUGGGAUUAUGGAUUGAUUGGCAUUGUUGCGGAGCUGUCCAUACUUAUGGCUAUAGUUGUAGCGAAUCAUAUCGACUUUGUUCCAUACUUCAAUAAUAUAAUGAUGAGCGAGACUUUUGACAGCGCUCCAUCUUUACCGAUCGGGAGCAGAUGGAUAGUUUGGUUGAUUCGUAUUUCCAUUGAUACCUGCAAGUUGAACGGUGAAAUUUGGCAAAGAUUUGGAAGUCAAGGGAAAAAGCAAAUGGAAACUGCACGCCACACAGUGCCGAUAAAGAAAAACUGA